AGGCUUUAUCAGCUCUUGAGGAAACCUUCCCCUGCACACACACUCGCACCACUCAAGGCUGGAGCUGCAGUGGAGGAAAAUGGAGCCUGUAGAUCUCCUGGCAUUUGUCUCCACAGAAAUGAAUAGUACAACAGUCACCCUGGCUUUGCUGGUGGUCUUCCUGGUCCUGCUGUAUUGGUAUUCCACAUCUGCAUUCUCCAAGCUAAGCAAAGUAGGGAUCCGACAUCCUCCACCUCUUCCUUUCAUUGGAAACCUGCUCUUUUUCCGUGAGGGCUUUUGGGAAAACCACACAAAACUCAUAACAGAGUAUGGACCUGUUUGUGGGUACUAUAUUGGUCGCCAGAUGUUUGUGGUGGUCUCCACGCCAGAGAUGAUCAAGCAAAUCCUAGUGACAGACUUCAGUAAUUUCACCAACAGAACUAAGCCGAACUUGAUUUCCAAGCCAAUGCUUGACAGCAUCCUUUGUCUUCGUGAUGACAGAUGGAAGUAUGUCCGUAGCCUCCUGGCCCCAGCCUUCAGCGAUACCAAACUGAAAGAGAUGACACCGCUAGUAAACCAGGCCUGUGACGUCCUGCUGUGCAACUUGAAAGUCUAUGCAGAUUCUGGCAAAGCUUUUGAUAUCCAGAGGUGUUACAACUGCUUUACCUUGGAUGUCGUUGGUAGCGUAGCUUUUGGUACUGAGGUGGAUUCUCAGAAGAAUCCUGAUGACCCCUUUGUUAAGAAUUGCAGAACAUUCUUUGAAAUGUCUUUGUUUAAGCCCCUCCUCAUUCUAAUCCUUUCCUUCCCAUUCAUAAUGAUUCCAUUGCUCCGGAUUUUGCCAAACAAGAAACAAAAGGAACUGAAUGGAUUUUUCAUCCGAACCAUAAAAAAUGCAAUUGUCUUCAGAGACCAGCAAGAUGCAGCUGAGAGGCGCAGAGAUUUUCUCCAGUGGAUGCUCGACUCCCGUGACUCAGCUGACUCCCUGGCAGCAGGGUGUUUUGAUGUGAUCAGUCCAUCUGCUGCUUCCAGACAGAACAAGGUUCCUCUUGCUGGCACGGCCCCACCUGAAAAGGUUCAGAAGACGUUAACGGAGGACGAGAUAGCAGGCCAAGCUUUCCUGUUCCUGAUCGCUGGCUACGAGACCACCACUAGCACACUGUCCUUUGCCACGUACUUGCUAGCCACCAACCCAGAGUGCCAGGAGAAGCUGCUUCAGGAGGUUGAUGCGUUCUCAGCAAAACACAUGGUUCCUGAUUACCAAAAUGUACAAGAACUCCCUUAUCUGGACAUGGUGAUUGCAGAGACGUUGCGCAUGUACCCACCUGCAUUCAGGUUCACUCGGGAAGCAGCUAAAGACUGCGUAGUGCUGGGGCAGCAUAUUCCAGCCGGGGCUGUCAUCGAAACCGCAGUUGGACAUCUCCACCACAACCCUGAAUUCUGGCCAGAGCCUGAGAAGUUCAUUCCCGAGAGAUUUACAGAGGAGGCCAAGAAGGAACGACAUCCCUUUGCAUACCUGCCCUUUGGAGCGGGACCCCGUGGCUGCAUUGGCAUGAAAAUGGGUUUGCUGGAGACAAAAAUUACUCUGCUGAGGAUUUUGCAGAAGUUUCAAUUUAAGACCUGCCCAGAGACUGAGAUUCCUUUACAGCUGAAAUCAAAAGCCACACUUGGACCAAAAAAUGGAGUCUACAUUCUGCUAGAAUCUCGCUAAAAGGAAACGUACAUCCUGAUGCCUCCUGGGAUGGGACCCCUUGUUCAGUGACUCACUGGUUAUAAUCAUUUUUCAAAACCCCGAAGACAGGUAGAAGCCUAAAUCCCACUGAUGGUCAGUAGGUGCUGCCUCACUGCCCUCCUGCAGGAGAGCCUCCAGUCACUUUUUUUAAACGAGACGUGAGCUUCACAGUCUUUUUGGUGGUUUUCAAAUUGCUGCGAAUAGUAUCUGUAACGAAGCAUCCCACUUUCACUUGCUUUUCCACAUUACACUUCCUUUUAUUCAUCCUUGAGAAAGCUUUCUUCACGCUCAAGUUCAAUACAUGGAGCAGGCGUUAAGCAUACACACAACUUAAAAUAGAUUUAAUUACAAUUCAUUGUCUCACACAUCUUUUUCAUGCACUUACAAGAUCCUACUCUACAAAAAGCCCAAGCACCACAGUUAUAGCAGAAGGCCUGGGAUCCAGUGCAUCGGACUCUAUCAUGAACUCCGCUAAAAAUCAAAGCACAAUGCUUAAUCUCUCCCUGUGUCUGAAAGUGGAAGGAGAUGCACCUUCUUCAUGCUUUUGAAGUGAUUUGAAAUACACUUAGAUUAACGAUUUGCACUCGACACAUUGCAUCAACGUGCCUGAAGAGUGAAGUUAAAUGCUCACCAGUUAAAUAGCUAAGACCAAAGAAAUGAGGUGACAGCCAUCUUUCCGGCUACUGAACUGCUGUUGGAAAGGUGGAGAAAAAGAAUAUACAAAUUCAAAGAAAGCAGGAAGACUGGAGGAAAUUUAAGGGUAAUCAGGUGUUGGUACAACAUCUGCUUCAUGCUGAGGCUUUUCCUCUCCAAGAACUGCAGUGGCACCAACCUUAUCUUGCUCAUUGACUCAAGGAAAUUAAGAGCACUGCACGUACUAAAGUCGAUGGCAAGGGGGUGGAAUCCAUGAUCAUCAGUUACAGCAGCUCUCUUGAUUCCUUACGUGACCCUGCAGCAGGUCACAUCCCAAAGUGCCUCACCCCACUCAGGAAGGAACUUGCCUGAUUGCCAGCUGCAGCAGUGCCUUGGAGCCAUUCAAGCAGCAUGACUGCGCACCUGCAUUUUCCCAGCCAAAGCAGCAGGACGUUUCCUCUCUUCACAUUCCCUCCGCGCUCUUUCCUGCUCCUCUACAAAGCCCUUCAGUCACCAUACAGAUAGUGGAGCAUCACACAGCAGUGAUCAAUCGACCAGAAAAAAAAACCAACCCAAAAAUAUUUCUUUCAGUGGGCACCCCAAACUGUUUGACUGCACAACAAAACCAUGAGAGAAGAUGGUCUCAGUCUCAGGGUUCUUUCUUUCCUUUUUUUUUUUUUCUUCUUUUCUUAGGUUUUUAUAAACAGCAAAAGUUCCUAUAGCAUCAUACGAAUAAGGAAGCACCUUUUGGUUCUUUGCAAGUGUCGACCUUCUGCCUGCUGACAUGCUCUGCUUCAGAAUUCCUCAGGUACAGCAUCUCUUUGGGUGGUAGGCACAGAGAAGUGUCAUGGCAGCAGGAGGAAGACACUGACUGCUCAGCUGCGCUGCAAAGAUAGCUGGAGGGAGCCAUCUGCUCACUGAUCCCUAGAUAGCUCCCCAGUUUCUCUCCAGCAAGCACCUUUUGCUGCCUUCUUCCCACAUGCUGCCUUAACACUGAUCAAAUUACUGUAUCUUGCUCCUGGAAGAUUUUGUCUUUCAGGGGAUUUUUUUUUUUUUUUUAAACUAGAAUUGUACAGGUAGUGGUGGUGAAGAACCAACCUGGCAGUCUCAGAACUGUUUAUAUUUCCAUGGAGCACCUCUGGCACGCUAAACAGAAGUGCCCUGUUACAGACAUGCUAAUAUUGUUAUUUAUUUGAAAAGCAACAAACUGUAUAUACCCUAGUUUCUACACAUUAUCCAUCAUUUUUCCCUCUUGAAAAUAGUGCAACGAACAGGUACAACUGGCAAAAAGUUACAGGACCUUGCCUAAAAACUUCUCACCUACCUUAAUGAGCAGGAAGCUCUUCCCGGUCUGAAACCAGCUGUCAAAGGCUUGUUGGUCCCAUCAAAAUUUUUUUUAAUCUUUUUCUUCCUUAUGUGAAUUAGCAGGUUGUUGUGUGCUUCAUUUUUGACCAAACACUCCAAGACUAAAUCAAGCUCAUGCCUUUCUUCCAUACGCUUUUGUAUGGACUGUUCUAGAGCUUGUCUGAGUGCUACUUAUAUUCUCAAUAUUUAUCCAAGAAAGUGCCCCUAAUGUGUAGAGUAGCUGAACAACUCUUAUUUCUGUGUCUGAAGAGCAUUAUCAUCUUGAAUACCGUGUUGACUCCAUUGGAAUAAAACAGUACUGCAGUGGCUGCAACUGGGCAUCACCUUUUACAGGCUUGGAAACUGCACCGAGUAUCCUUCCUGUUGCUUCUAAGUUGAAUGCAGAUGGUACAUGCGCAAGUAAACUCACCUGAAUCUGCACUAAUUGUUUUUCAACUGUCCUGCUAAAUUUUCUGGCUAGGAAGUAUUAUCUGUUUUCACCUGUCACAUUUGCAGUGGUAUGGAAUAGAGGAAUUAUUUUAGCAGCUGUGGGCCAAGUCAGAUUUCUGGAAGUGCAUCAUUCCUAGUCCUACAUGCAGGCUGAGUGAGACACUCAAGAAGAGGGAGAAAAGGCUGCCAACUUUCCAGUAAUAUAGGAAGAGCCCCAAGCCAUUUCUUCCUUUUAAACAACAGCUGCUGAUACAGUCACGAGGCAGCGCACAGACAUUUUACCAGGACACUUAAUGAAGUUGGCCCUCCCCCUGUCUGCGUGGGCUUGGCUACAUACCUAAAGAAUGAGCCGCGGUGAGAGACCAGUGCUGCUCCAGCCUCCUAGAAAGAGAAAAUUUGCAAGAAACAAGACAUGAGAUUGACAGCAACUCUCCGAAACAGAAACUGAUGGUAUGUUUGUUAAUCACAGUGUGUGCAUGGACCCAUAUAACAGUCCCAAACUGAGCCUGAGCAGCUGCUUUUAGGAUUCAUAAAAAACAAAAACCCUACCAAAAAUAAUAGUAAAAAAAGCAUUAUGUUUAUAGUUGCAACAUCAAAACAUAACUUUAUACCCUUAAGUUGUUAUGGUGACUGAGCAUUUGUGGUACAGCAUGCUUCAGUCAACAGCAGUUGAGUCUAGGGAGGAACAAGGAAGCUGAUUUAAAAUAAUGUCUGUCCUCAAAACAGUGUGUUGUCUUGCAUUGCGGAGCUGUGGGUUUGUUUGAAAUUGGGCAUGUCUGUUUUACAAAAGGGACUUAGUCAUUCUCUGACAGCUGAUACAAAGCAAAGGCUGCUUGGAAAAGGAAAGCUUCUAUUAAAAACAUCUUCUGGGACUUUGCAAUGAUUACAGAAAGCUGUCAGUAUAAAAUGGUAUUUUUAAUGAGACUGCUUAUAUAGAAAACCUUUACAGUUUUGUACUUUAGAAAUAGUGUGCCUAGAAAAAAAAUGGAGCUGAGUGUUUGAAAUGAUUAUGCUUCGUUGAUUGCAAAUUUGAACUAUCUGUUCUUACCUGGCAUUAAACUGCAGCAUUGCCUCUCCGUGUGUGAUACUUUCUGAAAUGACCACCUUUUCAUUUCCCUUUUGUUAAACGAUGUUUCCAUCUUGGACACAACUUCACCUAAUAUCAAACUUUUCUGUGCAUUUACAGUAAUAAACAUGUUAAAAGAAUUUAAA